AUGAAGCUUCAUAAUAUCCUAACCCAAGCGACAGUCGUAUCCACUGGGCUUGUAAGAGCUCUGAAUAACACCACUGGACCUUAUUCGUCCGGACUUCCAGUUAUUGAAAUUGUUGGGAAUAAGUUCUUCGAUUCAGUUAGUGGAGAGCAGUUCUUCAUUAAGGGUAUUGCAUACCAACCAAGCAGUGCUCCUCAGGAAUCCGAUAGCGGGUAUCCUGCUGACACCAAAUAUAUUGAUCCUCUAGCAGAGGUAGACAUAUGUAAAAGAGACUUGCCAUAUUUGAAAAAAUUGGGAGUGAACACAAUUCGUGUCUAUUCUAUUGAUCCUACCAAGUCACACGAUGUGUGUAUGGAAGAAUUGGAUAGGAAUGGUAUUUACGUAUUGAUCGAUUUGUCUGAGCCUGACGUUUCGAUCAUCAGAGAAACACCCAGUUGGGAUGUUAAGGUUUUCCAACGUUAUAAAGAUGUAGUUGAUUCGAUGCAGAAAUUCAAUAAUGUAUUAGGAUUCUUUGCUGGAAAUGAGGUUACUAAUGAUCGAACAAAUACUCAGGCUUCUCCGUUUGUGAAAGCUGCUAUUAGGGAUGUUAAAAACUAUAUUAAACAGAUGGGGUAUAGAACAUUACCCGUCGGAUAUUCUACCAACGAUGACCAAGAGACAAGAGAUCACUUAGCUGAUUACUUUGUAUGUGGGAAUGUUACUGCAGACUUUUAUGGUAUAAAUAUGUAUGAAUGGUGUGGGCAUUCAUCCUUUGGAACCAGUGGUUACAGAGAAAGAACCAAUGAAUUUAGAAACUUUCCUGUACCUGUAUUCUUUUCAGAAUUUGGAUGUAAUACGAUUCGACCUAGGCCAUUCACAGAGGUUCAGGCCUUAUAUGGUUCCAUGAUGACCCCUGUUUGGUCUGGUGGUCUAGCGUAUAUGUAUUUUGAAGAAGAUAACGAAUAUGGAGUAGUAAAAGUAACCAAAGAUAAUCAAGUAUUAGAGCUACCUGAUUUCAAAAAUUUACAAAGGGAAUACGAAAAGGCCAAUCCGAAGGGUGUUUCCAGGAGUUCUUUUGAAAGCUCGUAUACACAGAAUGUUAGAGAAUGCCCUGGAAGAUCAUCCACCUGGCAGGCUUCCAAUGUGUUACCGCCAACUCCAGAUAGCCGUAAAUGUGGAUGCUUAGAACAGGCGCUACCAUGUUUAUCCUUAAACUUACAAGACCCUAUAUCGUAUAAAAAUUACUUCGAAUACGUUUGCGGGUUUGUAAACUGUAUGGAUAUUAAUGGCGAUGGCGGUGCAGGCGUAUACGGUGAAUAUUCCGACUGCGACACUAGGCAUAAAUUGAGCUUGCAACUCAGCAAACUUUAUUUGAGACGUAAAAUUACUAAGAAUGAAUGUCCUAUUGCAAGCAACGACUUCUUCUUCAAUGCAAAGAGCAUUGGUGUCACACAACAAUGUCAAACUGUGAUUGAAGACGUAAAACGUCAAGCCGCCAAGAAAUUAGUGGAACCACCAACUGUCCAGCCAGUAGGGAAGGAUGUUAAUGAUGGAGGCAAUAGCAUGCAAAAUAGACUAGAAACAGCGCUUCUGAUAUUACUACCUACAGUAGCAACCAUACUUUAUUUGCAAUUUUUAUAG